UUUUUCUAUUAUAGACCAAAAAUAGAUGAAAUUUACAUUUAUGGCCCUAAAAAAGGAAAUAAACAAAAGUGGAAACUAAAAAGUUGGUAAUUACAAAAAUACCGGCUGAGAAAACGGAAACCACCAUUCUCAACCAUUUUUCUUCGUGACCAGCCGCAGCUUGUUCGUGACCCAGCGAUCCAACCCCAACAACCCAUUCUCAACCAUUUUUCUUCCAAAUCCAGCAAAAUCAAAAUCUAAAAAAAUGUAGAACUCCUAGGAAACCAGCUGAAUCCCGAAAAUCCAAAAUCAAAAACGAAAAGGGAAAAAAAAAAACCAGGAAACCUCCAUUGAUGUACAAAAAAAACUCAAAAACAACAAUCAUUGAACAAAGAAAUCGCGAUCAGAGGAGAAGAACCGAGUAGAAGGAGAGCUGGAAAUCAAAGAAACUCACCCAUGAUUGAAUCAGAAGGACAAUUGAAGGAAACGGAACCAUUACAAAUAUUGGUGCAGAGCAAUGGGCAUUGGGAUGACAACAGAAACUAUGUUGAUUAUGAAUCAAGUGGAGAAUUAAUUUCGACCAAGUGCACUUUUGAGGAACUAAUGAGAAUAAUGAUGGAAGAACUCCAAUGCAACCAUGAAUCAACACAACUACAACUGAAAUAUCAACUGAAGGAAGGAGGCCAACCACUACACAUCAAGGAUGACAAAAGUCUGUUGUUCUACAUAAAGCUAUUAACGAAGGAGGUUGAUUUCACAAGGUACCCAUUGUGUGUGAACAAAACCAGUAACACGGCACCACCUAACCAAACAAUGGUGUGGAACAAUAUGAUCAUGGAAUCGUAUGAGAACAACGCAAGACAGAAGACUUGCAAAGAACUCCGGAAACAACACGGCAACAACUUCCAAGCAACAACUAUCUGCAGACGAUGGGAUGCCGGUGAAGUUGAUGCAUUUUUCCUAGAAACAGUAACAGUGUCAUCAGAAUCAACCAUACAACAACCAGACAACAACAGAGAAAAAACUACAGCAGUAGAUGAAUAUUUUGACUUCACCGACUAUGCAAAGCUUGUGGCUGCAGAAAUGGUACAGCAACUAGAAAACAACCAGGAAGAAGAAGAGGAAGUGGACAACACAGAAAUGAUGAUCAUCAAUGACAAACGACAUGAAACAAUAGAGAAGGGUGUGUUUGGACACAACCGCAAAUGGAGUUUAAAGGCUACAAAAAAUGGAAACACAGAAACAUUCAUAAUAAGGAGCUACGAAGAAGAACACACAUGUGCAGUUACAAUAAGAUUUGGAGAUCAACGACAAGCUACAUCAAAGUUGAUAGCAGACUUUGUAAAACCAAAAUUCUUGAACCUGAAAACAAAGUGCAGCCCUGCAGACAUAAAGACAGAAAUGAAAGACAAAUACGGAAUAAAGAUGAAUUACAUGAAAGCAUGGCGUAGUAAAGAGCGAGCACAAACCCAGCUACAUGGAAAUGCUAAAGAGUCGUACAAUCUCUUGCCUAGAUACCUGUACAUGCUACAGAAAACAAAUCCAGGAACAUUAAUAGACAUAGAGAAAGAUGAUGAUGACAGUUUCAAAUAUGCAUUUGUUGCAUUAAAUGCUGCUAUAAAAGGUUGGCCAAACUGCAAACCAAUCAUCGUGGUAGACGGUACAUUCCUAAAGGCCGCGUAUGGAGGCACGUUGCUCACUGCCAACACACAAGAUGCAGAAUCUAAAAUUUUUCCACUAGCAUACUGCAUAGUUGAUUCUGAGAACGAUAAAUCGUGGGAGUGGUUCUUAAAAAAAAUAAGAGAAGCAUUCGGGGUUCGAGAAUGUCAAUGCCUAAUAUCAGACAGACAUGAAAGCAUCAUCAAAGCAACUAGGAAAGUGUUCCCUGAAAUAACACAUGGCUACUGCAUCUUCCACCUCUUGUCGAACCUCAAAACAAAAUUCAAGAAAAAUGCAAAGCAUUUCAGAGUGCCAUUCUUUGCAAACUCGCAAAAGCUUACACGAAAUGGAGUUUGA